UAUUUUAAUCCGCUCACGGCCGUUGCGCGAGCCCCUGGUGUUUCCUUUCGCUCGUACACGGCUGUGCGAGCAGCAAUCAUCUACACGUACAGGUGACAGUGAAGCAGCAGCGUGCAUUAUUUACGGAACACUUUGACGUCGCAUUGGAUCAACCCUAACGGGACAGGUUUAAAGGGGUCUCCAACUUCGUCUCCCCUCAAGUUUCAGAAAGUUGCAAAGCAGCUUCCAUCAUGUCCGUAGACGUGAGGUACCCCAGGGGACCCCUGUACCGAGACAUCGACGGUUUCAGGUUGAACGCCUACGUUCCCGUCGACCUCUAUCGUUCCGCGUUGAAGUACAAGCCCCGGUCGGACGACGUCUUCAUCGUCACGUUUCCCAAGAGUGGGACGCUGUGGAUGCAACAGAUCGGAUACCUCAUAUUUCACGACGGAUCACCCGCUCCGGAUGGCCUAGAAUUCUACAAAACCACGCCCUUUUUGGAGAUGUUCGGUGCCGAAGACGUGGUGAAGAUGAAGCGUCCUGGUCUCAUCAAGACGCACCUCCCCUACGAUCUAGUACCUAAAAGUCCUUCCGCGAAGUACGUGUACGUGUGCAGAAACCCGAAGGACGUCUGCGUAUCCUUCUUCUACCACACAAAAGGUUUCGUGGCAUACGACUUCGCCGACGGCAGUUUCGAAGACUACUUUGACGUGUUCACGCAGGGCGCUAACGAUUUCGGAGACUACUUCGACCAUGUACUCUCCUGGUACGCCCAUCGCAACGACCCGAACGUGCUCUUUCUGCGCUACGAGGACAUCAAGGCUGACCCGAGGAGCCAAGUGCUAAAGUUCGCCGCUUUCCUGGGCGAAGAGUACCGCAAAAAACUCGAACAACCGGCGACACUGGACCGUGUUAUCGAGUUCAGUGGGAUAGAUUUUAUGAGAUCCAAGACUGGUGCCGACAUAAAGGCGUUCCUCACUAAGCCACUCGAGAACGACGAGGACGUGUGUCCCGGUCUGAAGCAGUUUCACUAUUUGGCCAGAAAGUAUCCCAAAACAGUCGGGUUUAUCCGGAAAGGGCAGGUCGGAGACUGGAAGGAACACUUUACGCCGGAGAUGAAUGCCAUAAUGGAGGCCAAGAUUUAUGAAAGACUCGGCGACACGGAUCUCAUUGAUGUCUGGAAGAGAUAUGGUGUGUUGUGAGCAUCAGAACUUGCUGAUUAUUCUCGGUUGUCAAGGACUUAGUUUUUUUUACUGUGCACACCAGAUGGCUCUCAAAACGAAUUCUUUUUAUGUAUUUAUGCAGUGGGACAUCUUGCUGGAAAGUUGACAAAAACUCAUAGAAGGCACUGCUAGAACUUGAAGACACGCUAUAUUACUAUUUGUUUUGACGCUUUGUUAUAUUUGAAGAGAAGUUAGUAAAGGAAGAAGUUAUAAGGUAAUCGUAAAAUUAACGUGCAUAUUAGUGUGCGUUGUUACUGUGGCCACCAAGAUGAAGAUGUGCGCCAUCGCCGUCUUCAUCUCGAGGGCUCAAUAUGUGGAGCACGACAGAGUGUAUUCAAAGCAAGCCCAUUCAUUUUAAAUCUAUUAUACAGCCAUUUAACAACGAAGCUCUGUAUAGCUUGGAUUCCGCCAUUUCUUCACAGACAUCUACAAAACAAAAAAAUCUACAAAACCAAGCGAGAAUUUCCUUGGACCUGUACAUCCAAUAAUAAAAUAUUUUCUUCGGGUA